AUGGAUGCACCAGUGUAUGCUAUUGUUAAGGAAAAAAAUGUGGAAGUUCUGAGACAAAACAUCAAGAUUCUAGAGAAGAUAGGGAGUGGGGCAUACGGGCAAGUUUACAAAGGAAGUGUAUUGCAGCUCAAUAGAAACCAAGGCUGGACAACGGUGGCUAUUAAAACUAUAAAAGAUGUAGAAAAUGCAGCCGAGGCCAAGGGCUUACUGGACGAGUUAAAAGUUAUGUUAGAGCUCAGCCCUCACCCAAAUGUGAUUCUCCACAGAGAUCUUGCUGCACGGAAUAUUUUGGUGGCUGAAGACAAAACAUGUAAGAUUUCGGACUUUGGUUUCGCUAAGGACGUCAUUGAAAGUCACCAAUAUGAGAGAAAGACACAGGGCCGUUUACCAGUACGCUGGAUGUCUCCAGAAGCACUGUAUGACAACAGAUAUUCCACGCAGUCAGACGUCUGGGCGUAUGGUGUACUGGUCUGGGAGAUUGUCACACUGGGUUCCAGUCCCUACCCCGGUAUGUCAGCCAAGCAGGUGAUGGAAGCUGUAACUGAGGGAUACCGGAUGCCACAACCACCACACUGUUCGCAGGAUAUGUAUAACAUCAUGUUGUCUUGCUGGGAGGACAAUCCAAGUUCACGACCCUUGUUCAAAGCAAUAACUGUGUCCUUGAAUGACCUGUUGUCCCGAGACUACGAGGUUCUAACUCUUGGAAAGUUUGAGGAGAAGCUUUAUGAAGAUAUUGACCAAUUUAGGCUUGAUGAAAAAUGUUAA